AUGGGAUGGAAGUUUCACCUAACAGAAGAUCGGAGUAGUCGCUGUACCAUAAAUGAUGGAUUUAUCUACUACAAGGAUUUGGAUUUCUGUUACAAAAUAUAUGACCCUUCACCAAGAGACUUCAUGGUCUAUAAAUCAAUAUGUGAACAAGCCAAUGCUGAAUUAGUCAAGGUGGAUACAAAGGAAAAACAGAAAUAUAUUGAAUUAAUUACAGCUGACUUAUCCGUUUUAAGGCUAUGUGUCCAAGGAACGGAUACAAUUGAUUCACAACAACGCUGGACAUUUGACGAUGGGACAUUAAUGACUUACUUUAAUUGGAAUCACCAGUAUAACCAGCCAUCUGGAGGACAAGGAUACAUUGGUAUUUCAGUUGUGCGUAACUUUACUUGGUUUGAUAUUGUUGCCUCAACGCCUUCAAGUACAUGUAAUUUUAUUUGCCAGAAAUAG